AAGAUGGAGGGCAUGUACUUAUUGUUACUGACAUUGUUAUUUCAUUCAUUGGCACGGACAAGUAAUGGAUUUGUUGAAAACCAACGAAUUUAUAGUGAAAAAAUUUUGCCAGGAAAUCAGGAAACACCAGAUAGGUGUACAGACAAGCCUUGUAAGAAUGGAGGAACGUGCAAUUUAGAGAUUGAAAAACCCACAUGCACCUGUACAGAUGAAUACACGGGUGAUGAUUGCGGCACGAAAAAGGAUAGGUGUACAGACAAGCCUUGUAAGAAUGGAGGAACGUGCAAUUUAGAGAUUGAAAAACCCACAUGCACCUGUACAGAUGAAUACACGGGUGAUGAUUGCGGCACGAAAAAGGAUAGGUGUACAGACAAGCCUUGCAAGAAUGGAGGAACGUGCAAUUUAGAGAUUGAAAAACCC